AAAUAAGAAGAGUAAGAGGAAUUCCACGUGUGUGUGCGCUCAGCUGCAAUCAUGGCAGAUCUUCAGAUGAGGCUUCUUCGGCAGAAAAUCCAGAAAAGAAGCGAAAAGAACAAAGAGCGAAAGCUACUUCAGAAACGGAAACCGGAGGAAGAUAAUGGUAACUGUUUUUCGAGUAUCAUUGUCGACAAGUUGUAUUGACACUCGCGCUAGCCAACCUCGAAGCAAGGCUAAGUAGCUAGCUAUGUUAGUUUGCUUAACUAUCUAGUAUGUCUCUGGUGGAUGUUUCUGCAGAGUUGAUUGUCUAUAUCGGAAGUCACGCAUUAAAGACAGUCUUUUAGUUCAUACACGUAGUUAAUUCGACGAUUGUAACGAGUGAAUGAACAUGAUCCCCAUUUCGUUAGCUUGUGGUGUUUUUCUAGCUAACGUUAGCUACUACAUUUACAUUUUAGUCAUUUAGCAGACGCUCUUAUCCAGAGCGACUUAGUUAGUGAGUGCAUACAUUUUCAUACUGGCCCCCCCUGUGGGAAAUGAACCCACAACCCUGGCGUUGCAAGCGCCAUGCUCUACCAACUGAGCUACAGGGGACCUACAACUGUUCAAUUUUUUUAGCUAACGUUAGAUAUAAGUAAAACACCAAAAUUCUACUGCAAUGCUACGCUAUUUAACUACUAAUUCGGCAAUUUCGAAACAUUGUUAUACAAGUGAGGUUUUGAGACAUUGAUCUCUUCCCGUUAUUGAUAUCUGCCAUAUCUGAAUGAAGAAGUUGCCAAUCGGUUAGUUAGUCAGUUAGCUAACGUUUGCUAGCUAGCUACAUGGCAUUGGUUGUUAGAUAGCCUGGUUGAUGUGAUUUUAUAUUCUGUGUAACGUUACUUUAUUCACAGACGACGCAAACCGACUUCCGGAGGAGUGUUGUGAUGAAAGGAGUCAGGUGGCCACUGCAAUGUCAAAGCCACAGAAUGCCAAACCCACUAAUAAGCAGCAAAAAGAGAAGAAUGUGUCUGCAGAGGUGGACACAGAAGAACAUUUUGUCAAGAAGAAAAAGAAAAGGAAGCUCAACACCACUGAAUUGCCAGGUAAUGUUGUGUACUACUCAGUAAUUUAUUAGAAUGGUUGUUGAACCAUUCAUGGGGUAAAUGGCUAAAAGUGUCAGUUUCCCAAGUAGUGAAUCUUGUCCAUGUCAAAUAAUAUUGACAUGUUUCUAAUGUAGGUGUGAAAAAAUCCAAGGAGGAGGAUAUGGAGGAGGAGAGGGGGCUGAAUGUGACAGAUGAGGAUGCUGAUCAGACCACAGACCAACCCACACAGCCUCUUGAAUGGGGGGAGGAGGAUGAAGAGGGCGACGAUGACAAGGGAAGUGAGGAUGAGGUGGAAAAGGGGGCAAGAGAGAAGUUUGGGGAUGAGGAAGAUGGACCAGAGCUCCCAUCUGGCUUGACAGGUAUUCAAUGUUCAAUGAUAUAGACAUAGGUCAAUCAGAGGCCUUUACACUACCAAAUGUUAGCCUUGUCAAUUGUGCAUGUUAUGUGUAGCAAUCAUUUCUCAGUCUUAGAUAUGGGCCAGGAACUAUUUACAAUUGUGCCUCUGCCAGCAUACAAAUAUGUAUAAUAUUCUGUGUUUUCCUGGUAACCAUGGUCCCUUACUCUAGGUCAGUCCUUCUCAAAUAGUGGGGCGCGCCCCCCUGGUGGGGCUCGGAGCAAUGCCAGGGGGGGCGCGUGUGACCCCGUGGAACGUGCUUUUUUUCCCCCAGGUAGUAUGGUUUUUUUGCACCGAACAAGAGCACACAGCACAGAGCAGGAGAUAUGAAGUGCAGAUAACAAACCCUUAAGAGACACCAUGGAAAAAUAUUUAACAGGGAUGAAAAGAAAGGCGGAGAGAGACUGAGAUAAUGAGACAAACGUAAGUCUCCCGAAAGCUAAGACGAGGAAAUAUGACGAAGCGUAUGUAGCGCUUGGCUUCACUGUGACUACGGUGGGAGACGAGGAAAGACCGGUAUGUUUACUGUGUCUAAAAAUGUUGGCAGCGGACAGCAUGAAGCCAAAUAAAUUAAGGCGUCACUUAAAGACAUUACACCCCAAUCACGCUGAUAAGCCGCUUGAGUUUUUUCAGCGAAAACGUGCCGAAUAUUGCCAACAAUCGUCCCGCUUUGUGAAUGCUACUUCAGUAAACCAGCGAGCACUGUUAGCAUCAUAUAAGGUGGCGUACCAAAUUGCUCAGUGCAAAAAACCCCACUCCAUAGCAGAGGAGCUGAUACUGCCUGCAGCAUUAGACAUGGUCUCUGUCAUGCUGGAUGACGCAAGUGCUGCAAAAAUAAAAACUAUCCCUCUGUCCAAUGACACUGUCGCCAGACGUAUAAAUGACAUUGCUAACGAUCUUAAAGAACAGCUGGUAGAUAAACUCAAAGACAAACGUUUUGCCUUACAGUUCGAUGAAGCAACUGACAGCAACAAAGACUGUUUGUUUAUCGCUUAUGUACGUUUUGACAUGACAAACUCCCUGUGUGAGGAUCUACUUUUUUGUAAAUAUGUCAGAGACAGAGCCACAGCUGAAGAGCUAUUCAAAAUGCUGGACUGCUUCCUGACUGAGAAUGGGCUAAAGUGGGAGAACUGCAUUGGUGUUUGCAGUGAUGGUGCACAGACCAUGGCAGGGAUGAGAAAAGGACUUCGGGCACUCAUCAAGAAGGCCUCACCUAAUGCUGAGUGGACACACUGUGUUAUACACAGAGAAGCACUGGCUUCAAGGCACCUUUCCUCUGAAUUAAGUGAGGUUAUGACUGACAUUGUAGGUGUAGUCAAUUUUAUAAAGACCAGACCACUAAAAAUAAGAGUCUUCUCUGCUAUCUGUGAGGAGAUGGGAGCUGAACAUCAAGCUGUGCUGUUUCACAGUGAAGCAAGGUGGCUGUCACGAGGAAAAGUCUUGUCCCGAGUUUUUGAGCUCAGAGAGCAGAUAAGAAUGUUUUCGGAGCAGGAGCACAAGUAUGACCUCGCAGAAAAAUUUAGUGAUGAGAACUUCCUGGCAAAACUGGCCUACCUGAGUGACAUAUUUGGAAAGCUAAAUGAACUAAAUCUACAGCUUCAAGGGAAAGAUAAACACCUCCCUCAGGUCACAGACAAGGUCAGCUCUUUCACUCGAAAGCUUGCAAUGUGGGGCAGGCGACUUGAUGAAGGACAUACUGAUUCAUUCGAGAACCUGCAUGAAUUUGUUGACACUACUGACUAUGAUGCCACCUCAGUGAUUCCAUAUAUUAAGGAGCAUAUUUAAUCACUGAUGGGAUUCUUUAAAAAGUACUUCCCUGAAAACAGUUCCCAAUAUGACUGGGUGAGAGAUCCUUUCAAUGCACCAGCUCCAACUGGUUUCAGCUCUGCAGAGGAGGACCAGUUCAUUGAUAUGACGUCUGACUCCACAUUGAGACUGAGGUUCACAUCACAGACACUGAGUGAAUUCUGGCUGAGUGUAGAGAGGCAGUAUCCACUCUUAGGGCAGAGGGCCAUGGGCAUUCUUCUUCCUUUUGCAACAUCUUAUCUUUGUGAGACUGGCUUCUCUGCUGUUGCUGCACUGAAGACCAAGUACAGGUCCCAGCUAAACAUUGAGCAGGAGCUGAGAGUUGCAGUAUCAUGCUUCAAACCCUGUUUCGAAAAGCUGUGCACUGCAAAACGUGCUCAUUGUAGCCAUUAAUCCUGACUUCCUCAUUUUGAUUUUUAAAAAAUCAGCACAAAUUGUUUUAUUCAUUUUUGUUUUAUAGGUCAAAGUGUUUCAUAUAUUGUGCUCCUGAGUUAAUGUUGCUGAUCAAUUUGAAUUUAUUAUUAUUUAUUGAUUAUAUUUUAUUUUUCAGUAUCAAAUGGUCAAAAAAUGUUUACAGUUUAAAUAAGGAUUGAAUUAUUUUCUUAAUUUCAGGCAAAUUGAUGCACUUUAAGUAUUUUCUGUUACAGACUAAAAAACAAUGUUAAUAAAGUUAUUAUUUUUUGUAAGUUGAUCUGUAUUUAAUGUUAAUAAGGAUACAAUGUUAUGCAGAGUUGUACUUAUAACAAUUUUAUAGACAAAUGAUACUAUUUACAGUCGCAGCGGAGAGUUGGGGGGCGCGAAAUGUUUACUUCUUCCUAGGGGGGGCGUAACAGAAAAUAAUUGAGAAGCACUGCUCUAGGUAAUCCCGAGGCAGUCUACUUGUGUUGUGUGUUAGUAGGGAUGGGCAUUUAAAAUGAGAAUAAUAUCAAUUUUAUUGAGAUAUCCGCAGUCUGAGAAAGUUGUGUGUGUGUAUAUAGUUGUGUGUGUGCAUCACCAUACACAAAAAAAAAAAAAUUAUGCACGCAUGACUGUAAGUCGCUUUGGAUAAAAGCGUCUGCUAAAUGGCAUAUUUUAUAUAUAUAUAUAUAUAUAUAUAUAUAUAUAUAUAUAUACUGCUCAAAAAAAUUAAGGGAACACUUAACAACACAAUGUAACUCCAGGUCAAUCACGCUUCUGUGAAAUCAAACUGUCCACUUAGGAAGCAACACUGAUUGACAAUAAAUUUCACAUGCUGUUGUGCAAAUGGAAUAGACAACAGGUGGAAAUUAUAGGCAAUUAGCAAGACACCCCCAAUAAAGGACUGGUUUUGCAAGUGGUGACCACAGACCACUUCUCAGUUCCUAUGCUUCCUGGCUGAUGUUUUGGUCACUUUUGAAUGCUGGCGGUGCUUUCACUCUAGUGGUAGCAUGAGACGGAGUCUACAACCCACACAAGUGGCUCAGGUAGUGCAGCUCAUCCAGGAUGGCACAUCAAUGCGAGCUGUGGCAAGAAGGUUUGCUGUGUCUGUCAGCGUAGUGUCCAGAGCAUGGAGGCGCUACCAGGAGACAGGCCAGUACAUCAGGAGACGUGGAGGAGGCCGUAGGAGGGCAACAACCCAGCAGCAGGACUGCUACCGCCGCCAGCAGGCCACAAAUGUGCAUGUGUCUGCUCAAACGGUCAGAAACAGACUCCAUGAGGGUGGUAUGAGGGCCCGACGUCCACAGGUGGGGGAUGUGCUUACAGCCCAACACCGUGCAGGACGUUUGGCAUUUGCCAGAGAACCCCAAGAUUGGCAAAUUCGCCACUGGCGCCCUGUGCUCUUCACAGAUGAAAGCAGGUUCACACUGAGCACAUGUGACAGACGUGACAGAGUCUGGAGACAUCAUGGAGAACGUUCUGCUGCCUGCAACAUCCUCCAGCAUGACCGGUUUGGCGGUGGGUCAGUCAUGGUGUGAGGUGGCAUUUAUUUGAGGGGCCGCACAGCCCUGACUGCCAUUAGGUACCGAGAUGAGAUCCUCAGACCCCUUGUGAGACCAUAUGCUGGUGCGGUUGGCCCUGGGUUCCUCCUAAUGCAAGACAAUGCUAGACCUCAUGUGGCUGGAGUGUGUCAGCAGUUCCUGCAAGAGGAAGGCAUUGAGUCCCCCUCAGGAGACUGAAAAGAUUUGGCAUGGGUCCUCAGAUCCUCAAAAAAUUCUACAGCUGCACCAUCGAGAGCAUCCUGACUGGUUGCAUCACCGCCUGGUAUGGCAACUGCUUGGCCUCCGACCGCAAGGCACUACAGAGGGUAGUGCGUACGGCCCAGUACAUCACUGGGGCCAAGCUUCCUGCCAUCCAGGACCUCUAUACCAGGCGGUGUCAGAGGAAAGCCCUCAAAAUUGUCAAAGACUCCAGCCACCCUAGUCAUAGACUGUUCUCUCUGCUACCGCAGGGCAAGCGGUACCGGAGUGCCAAGUCUAGGUCCUAAAGACUUCUCAACAGCUUCUACCCCCAAGCCAUAAGACUCCUGAACAGCUAAUCAUGGCUACCCAGACUAUUUGCACUGCCCCCCCACCCCAUCCUUUUACGCUGCUGCUACUCUGUUAAUUAUUUAUGCAUAGUCACUUUAACUCUGCCCACAUGUACAUAUUACUUCAACUACCUCAACUAGCCGGUGCCCCCGCACAUUGACUCUGCACCGGCACCCCCCUGUAUAUAUAGCCUCCCUACUGUUACUUUAUUUUACUUUGCUCUUUUUUUCUCAACACUUUUUUUGUUGUUUAAUUUGUACUUUUUUGUUAAAAAUAAAUGCACUGUUGGUUAAGGGCUGUAAGUAAGCAUUUCACUGUAAUGUCUGCACCUGUUGUAUUCGGCGCAUGCGGCCAAUAAAAUUUGAUUUGAUUUGAUACAUUUGAUUUCUAUUGAUAAUUUUUGUGUGAUUUUGUUGUCAGCACAUUCAACUAUGUAAAGAAAAAAGUAUUUAAUAAGAUUAUUUCAUUCAUUCAGAUCUAGGAUGUUAUUUUAGUGUUCCCUUUAUUUAUUUGAGCAGUGUAUGUAUGUAUGUGUGUGUGUGUGUAUGUAUGUAUAUGUGUGUGUGUGUGUGUGUGUGUGUGUGUGUAUAUAUAUAUAUAUAUAUAUAUAUAUAUAUAUAUAUAUAUAUAUAUAUAUAUACACAUAUACACACACAGUGGGGAAAAAAAGUAUUUAGUCAGCCAUCAAUUGUGCAAGUUCUCCCACUUAAAAAGAUGAGAGAGGCCUGUAAUUUUCAUCAUAGGUACACGUCAACUAUGACAGACAAAAUGAGGAAAAAAAAUCAAGAAAAUCACAUUGUAGGAUUUUUAAUGAAUUUAUUUGCAAAUUAUGGUGGAAAAUAAGUAUUUGGUCAAUAACAAAAGUUUCUCAAUACUUUGUUAUAUACCCUUUGUUGGCAAUGACACAUGUCAAACGUUUUCUGUAAGUCUUCACAAGGUUUUCACACACUGUUGCUGGUAUUUUGGCCCAUUCCUCCAUGCAGAUCUCCUCUAGACCAGUGAUGUUUUGGGGCUGUCGCUGGGCAACACGGACUUUCAACUCCCUCAAAGAUUUUCUAUGGGGUUGAGACCUGGAGACUGGCUAGGCCACUCCAGGACCUUGAAAUGCUUCUUACGAAGCCACUCCUUCGUUGCCCGGGUGGUGUGUUUGGGAUCAUUGUCGUGCUGAAAGACCCAGCCACGUUUCAUCUUCAAUGCCCUUGCUGUUGGAAGGAGGUUUUCACUCAAAAUCUCACGAUACAUGGCCCCAUUCAUUCUUUCCUUUACACGGAUCAGUCGUCCUGGUCCCUUUGCAGAAAAACAGCCCCAAAGCAUGAUGUUUCCACCCCCAUGCUUCACAGUAGGUAUGGUGUUCUUUGGAUGCAACACAGCAUUCUUUGUCCUCCAAACACAACGAGUUGAGUUUUUACCAAAAAGUUAUAUUUUGGUUUCAUCUGACCAUAUGACAUUCUCCCAAUCCUCUUCUGGAUCAUCCAAAUGCACUCUAGCAAACUUCAGACGGGCCUGGACAUGUACUGGCUUAAGCAGGGGGACACGUCUGGCAUUGCAGGAUUUGAGUCCCUGGCGGCGUAGUGUGUUACUGAUGGUAGGCUUUGUUACUUUGGUCCCAGCUCUCUGCAGGUCAUUCACUAGGUCCCCCCGUGUGGUUCUGGGAUUUUUGCUCACCGUUCUUGUGAUCAUUUUGACCCCACGGGGUGAGAUCUUGCAUGGAGCCCCAGAUCGAGGGAGAUUAUCAGUGGUCUUGUAUGUCUUCCAUUUCCUAAUAAUUGCUCCCACAGUUGAUUUCUUCAAACCAAGCUGCUUACCUAUUGCAGAUUCAGUCUUCCCAGCCUGGUACAGGUCUACAAUUUUGUUUCUGGUGUCCUUUGACAGCUCUUUGGUCUUGGCCAUAGUGGAGUUUGGAGGGUGACUGUUUGGGGUUGUGGACAAGUGUCUUUUAUACUGAUAACAAGUUCAAACAGGUGCCAUUAAUACAGGUAACGAGUGGAGGACAGAGGAGCCUCUUAAAGAAGAAGUUACAGGUCUGUGAGAGCCAGAAAUCUUGCUUGUUUGUAGGUGACCAAAUACUUAUUUUCCACCAUAAUUUGCAAAUAAAUUCAUAAAAAAUCCUACAAUGUGAUUUUCUGGAGAAAAAAAAUCUCAAUUUGUCUGUCAUAGUUGACGUGUACCUAUGAUGAAAAUUACAGGCCUCUCUCAUCUUUUUAAGUGGGAGAACUUGCACAAUUGGUGGCUGACUAAAUACUUUUUUCCCCCACUGUGUAUGUGUAUGUGUGUAUAUAUAUAUAUAUAUAUUUUACUUUAAGAAAGUUGGGCAGGGGCCAGCGGUGUGUGAGACACCAGAGGGAGAGAGAAAAAGUAGCCACUGACUCGCGCUAGUUAGACAUACAUGUUAAUGCCAUAGGUUAUCUGUUAUCCCAUCUGGCAGUGCCUGUCUUUACUGCAUCAAAUCGAUGUAAAGUAGCUAGCUAAGAUAGUCAGAUGUUAACUAGGCUAGUUGAGGCUAUUUUACUGCUCUCCCCCUUCCUUGUCUACAACAUUCCAUUCAGAUUAAACAACAGCCUACCUGUCGGUUGCUCAUUGUAGCCUACUCAUUUAUCUAACUUUAUUCUGUAAUUUCACUUCCAUUUUUGCAUUGAUUAGUGAUCUCCCACUUCACGUUGCUGCACAUGGUGCCUCUGACUGUAGUGCAAACAACAAGCUACACGCGUGAAACUUGUGUAGGCUAUACAGUAGCCUAUGUCUUUGUAUUGGGUGCACGUCAUGAAAACAACUCAAAAGUUUGUUUUAUUAAAUUAAGCAUUUCAAAUGUCAUGGUAUAGCCGUAUCUGUAGCAAUGUCACAUGGAUAAUUUUAUUUAAUUGAGACAAAGCCUUUUCAUUUUAAAAAUAGGCCUAUGAUUUUUAUUUAUUUUUAUGAAUACUCUCGCAACUAGGCCUAUUCAAAUACCAACGUCAGUUUGGAUGUUAGAAUAACCGUGCCCAUCCCUAUGUGUUAGUGCUAGACUAGAGCCCUUCCAUGCUAAACCCACGAAGGUGGGAACUCUGAACUGUGGUUUCUGUAUCUCAGGUGCGUUUGAGGACACGUCGUUUGCCUCUCUAGCCUCUUUGGUGAGUGAGAACACUCUAAAGGGUGUGAAGGAGAUGGGCUUUGAGCACAUGACUGAGAUCCAACACAAAAGCAUACGGCCCCUACUGGAGGGAAGGUACGCCUACAGUUUAUCGCUAAGUUUCAUGUUAGGCAGAAUCGCCACCUGUUCAUGUAUCCCUGCAACUCUACCAGGCUGACUAAAGCAGAGCUCUGUAAAAUCCAUCCAGGACCACCAAAAGUUGGUGACUUGCAUCCUAGAAUCAGCCCUACAGGACUGAUAAAGAACUAAUAUUGUUUUGGCUUGAUCGAUGACUCCCUUAUUUUAUCUUUUGAAUCUUCUAGAGAUGUCCUGGCUGCUGCUAAGACUGGCAGUGGUAAAACCCUGGCCUUCCUCAUCCCCUCCAUCGAGCUCAUCUACAAACUCAAGUUCAUGCCUAGAAACGGUAAGAUUAGUAGAAGAUUGAACCAAUGUAGAUGGUUGAAGCAAUGUUAUAAAUAUUCUGCACCAUAACGCUACAAGCUUCACGUGCAUAUAUCUAUAUGCGGGCUUGGGUGGAGUCAGAUUUAUGGAGCAGCGGACACAUUUUGGUAACGUGAUACCUUGCCGGUCCAUGCAUUUCUAGACUCCCAAAUAACAAAGAUCACAAGGGGUGAUGGCAGAGAUUUUUCUGUUGAUAACAUCAUCACAACUGUAAGCUAAUUUGAAAGAACCAACUGCAUAUUUAAAUAAUAGCUAGGCCUACAUGUAAUGAAAGUUAAGGUUUGAUUUACAUUACCAUAUUUUGUGCCUGCCAGUAAGCUGUAGGUUACUCCGCUAGCAGCUUGCUAGGUAGCUGGCUAAAAAGAGCAAGCAAGCUAGCCUUUUAGCAUCCCACAUGUCGCUCAUGUGAAAUAAUUUGCCCUGGCAGAUAUUUUUUUAGCCUACUCGCCAGUCUAACUUACAACAUUAUCCCAAUUUAAUAUGCUGCUUCAAUGUAUUUGCUCCCAUAUCAGCUAAAAAUAGAGAAGGCACAUGGCUACCAGCUGUUUUUACUGUGUAGCAGUAGUUAUUACUUCACAACAAAAUACCUUUGGGGGGGGGGGGGAUUCUAAUAAGGCUACAAUGUAGGGUUAAUUGUUUGAACAGUUGCUGAGAUUAUAUUUGGUUAUCAAUGCUACUUUGAUGCAUAGCCUGUAGAUCAGAUCAAGGAACCAAGAGACAACACUGCCCCCACGGCUCCACAAGGAAUGAUAAGGCGCAUUUCAUUUUCAGGUAGCACAAAAGUAUGUUGAAUGUCGGCACAUAUUACAAGGAGCCACCCUUUUUGUGACUAAAAACUACAUUUCAACACUGCGCUACGCUCCGUAUCUACUGUCUCUUUAGAGUGUGUAGACCCAUUUAGGUGUUCACGAAUAUAUGAAAGGACUGGGUAGGAGUAAGCAAUAUGGCAAUGUUUUGACUUAACUCUCCAGUAGACUAGGCACAAUUUCCCUCAUUACCUUUCACCCAUCCAGUCUUACUAGCUCUGCUAACAUCAAAGGUGUAGGGUCUAGACCGGGGGGUGGGGGUGGGGGUGGGGGUGGGGGGCAAAGUACGGCACGAUGGAAACUUUAAUAAAAAAAAAAAUACAUUAAACAAAUGUAUUAAAUAUAAUUUUUUGGCUUAAAAUUACUAAUUCCGUGAUAUACAAACAACCUCCAAUAGAUGCCGCAGUAGCCUGGCAGCACGCUCUGUAUUUGGGCCUACAGUCAGAUUCAGAAUGUCCUCAGUCAUCAUAGCCACGUCAUUGCUUGAACACUUUUCACGUGAAAAAUGAGUGCUGUGAAAAUGAGAAGUGGACUCUGAAUGUCGUGUGUUUUUAAAAGAAUGGACAGCAAUAUACUUUUUUACUAAUAUUUGACAUAAGGCGGUAUGUAUGAUAUGCAAAGAAAGUGUUACUGGAUAAGAGCGUCUGCUAAAUGAUGUAAAUGUAAAUGUGUUAGUUUUUAAGGAAUAUAAUCUAAAUCGCCAUUUUUCAAGCAAGCAUGCUACCUACGCUAGCAAUCUGUCCUCUCAGGAAAAGGCAAGGAAGGCCUCAACUUGCCACAAACUUAAAAGGCCAACAAAAUAUGUUUACUAAAUGGUGCUCUACUCAAGACUCUGUAACGAAGGCAAGCUACGUAGUGGUGCAUAAAAUUGCAAAGCAUAGCAAGCCUUUUGCUGAAGGGGAGUUUGUAAAAGAGUGUGUUACAUUUUACAUUUUAGUCAUUUAGCAGACGCUCUUAUCCAGAGCGACUUACAGUUAGUGAAUAUAUAUAUAUAUAUAUAUAUAUAUAUAUAUAUAUAUAUAUAUUAUUUUUUUUUAUACUGGCCCCCCGUGGGAAUCGAACCCACAACCCUAGCGUUGCAAACGCCAUGCUCUAUCAACUGAGCUACAUCCCUGCCGGCCAUCCCUGCCGGCACUGAACGCGCCCACAUCGCAGUGCCGCACUGAGACAUACAGUAGCACUUUGAUCGACCUGCAUGCAGAGUUUUCCCGCCGCUUCUCAGACUUCACCAAGACUGAGCUGGAGUUUGUGUCAUGCCCCCUGUCUUUCGACAGUGAGAAAGCACAUCCAGACACACAAUUGGAGCUAAUCGACAUCCAAUGUGACAGUGCUUUGAUGGAGAAGUACAAAACAGCAACAAUAGACCAGGUCUAUGGCUCACUGAAUGAAAAAAGUGCCCAAAGGAUGCUUGUUUUAUUCGGGUCCACAUACAGUUGAAGUUUACAUACACCUUAGCCAAAUACGUUUAAACUCAGUUUUGCACAAUUCCUGACAUUUAAUCCUAGUAAAAAUUCCCUGUCUUAGGUCAGUUAGGAUCAACACUUUUAUUUUAAGAAUGUGAAAUGUCAGAAUAAUAGAGUGAUUUAUUUAAGCUUUUAUUUAUUUCAUCACAUUCCCAGUGGGUUAGAAGUUUACAUACACUCAAUUAGUAUUUGGUAGCAUUGCCUUUAAAUUGUUUAACUUGGGUCAAAUGUUUUGGGUAGCCUUCCACAAGCAUCAUUGUCCAUUUGGAAGACCCAUUUGCGACCAAGCUUUAACUUCCUGACUGAUGUCUUGAGAUGUUGCUUCAAUAUAUCUACAUAAUUUUCCUUCCUCAUGAUGCCAUCUAUUUUGUGAAGUGCACCAGUCCCUCCUGCAGCAAAGCACCCCCACAGCAUGAUGCUGCCACCCCCGUGCUUCACCGUUGGGAUGGUGUUCUUCGACUUGCAAGAGACCCCCUUUUUCCUCCAAACAUAACGAUGGUCAUUAUGGCCAAACAGUUCUAUUUUUGUUUAAUCAGACCAGAGGGCAUUUCUCCAAAAAGUAAGAUCUUUGUCCCCAUGUGCAGUUGCAAACCGUAGUCUGGCUUUUUUAUGGCGGUUUUGGAGCAGUGGCUUCUUCCUUGCUGAGCGGCCUUUCAGGUUAUGUCGAGAUGGUACUCGUUUUACUGUGGAUAUAGAUACUUUUGUACCUGUUUCCUCAAGCAUCUUCACAGGGUCCUUUGCUGUUGUUCUGGGAUUGAUUUGCACUUUUCUCACCAAAGUACGUUCAUAUCUAGGAGACAGAACGCAUAUCCUUCCUGAGCGGUAUGACGGCUGCGUGGUCCCAUGGUGUUUAUACUUGCAUACUAUUGUUUGUACAGAACGUGGUACCUUCAGGCGUUUGGAAAUUGCCCCCAAGGAUGAACCAGACUUGUGGAGGUCUACAAUUUUUUUGAGGUCUUGGCUGAUUUCUUUUGAUUUUCCCAUGAUGUCAAGCAAAGAGGCACUGAGUUUGAAGGUAGGCCUUGAAAUACAUCCACAGGUACACCUCCCAAUUGACUCAAAUUAUGUCAGUUAGCCUAUCAGAAGCUUCUAAAGCCAUGACAUUUUCUGGAAUUUUCCAAGCUGUUUAAAGGCACAGUCAACUUAGUGUAUGUAAACUUCUGACCCACUGGAAUUGUGAUACAGUGAAAUAAUCUGUCUAAACAAUUGUUGGAAAAAUUAUUUGUGUCAUGCACAAAGUAGAUGUCCUAACCGACUUGCCAAAACGAUAGUUUGUUAACAAGAAAUGUGUGGAGUGGUUGAAAAACGAGUUCUAAAGUGUAUGUAAACUUCCGACUUCAACUGUAUGUGUGUGACCAAACGUUCUCAUGAAUUACAACAAAUCCCGUCACAGGUCAAAUUUAACAAAUUACCACUUGUCAGCUGUUCUGAGAAUCUCUACAUCAAAGAUGACACCAGACGUUGAUACCCUUGCCAAGAGAGGUGACAAGACCCAUUGUUCACAUUAAGACUCAAAUAACCGUGACUGGGGUAGGCAAGGAUUAUGCUUUUUCAUGGUGGUUAUGCAGUGAGAAUUAUCCAGCAAUGCACUUGGAUAUAGGUAGUAACAUUCCGUCAGAUUUGGCUUAGGUGAUUGGAUAACUGUAAAUAUGGCUCACAAUGGAGAUGAGAAUUGUUCCUUAAUAUGCUUUCAAAAACAGACCAUUCCAAAUGAAAUGGAUGCUCUUACCAUAUGUUGCACAAAUUGUUUUUUUACACUUCUGCGGUUACAUUUAGCAUGUUUUUAAGUUUGUUACUAAGUUUGAUUGUACUUUACAAGGGUAGAGAUACAGGAUCUGUGUGUUUGACUGUGUCUGUGAUGUUAUAAAUUAUAUCAAUUUAGCGAAAUGUUUGUUCACAAACUAGGGUAGAAUUGUUCUGCAGUACACUAGUAGUUGCGUGUCAAUGUGAAAAUGAAUAAAGGCUUCACAUGUUUUGUCACACAUAUAGUAUGUGACCCUUCACUUGGUUGCAAAAACUCAAUGUGGCCCUUGAGCCAAAAGGUUUGCCCACCCCUGUUCUAGACUAAAGGAAGGGGCUAGGAACUGAACUGAAAUGUGCCUAAGACAGAACCCUGCUCCCCACUAUCCCAAGGCACGGGCGUGGUGAUCCUGUCCCCAACGCGCGAGUUGGCCAUGCAGACGUACGGUGUGAUGAAGGAGCUGAUGACCCACCAUGUACACACCUUCGGCCUGAUCAUGGGCGGCAGCAACCGCACGGCCGAGGCCCAGAGGCUGGCCAAUGGCGUCAACAUCCUGGUGGCCACCCCCGGCAGAUUGUUAGACCACCUGCAGGUAACCAUAAGAACAGUAACUGUAUUAAAGCACUUUUCAUACAUGUAUAUCAAAGUUGGGACCAGGUAACCUCUGAGCACCACAAUGUUGACUAAGGAUCAGACUGUACACUGAACAAACAACUAUUACAGUUCAUAUAAGGAAAUCAGUCAAUUUAAAUAAUUUAAUUAGGCCCUAAUCUAUGGAUUUCCCAUUACUGGGAAUACAGAUAUGCAUCUGUUGGUCACCAAUACCCCCCCAAAAAAGGUAAACCAGUCAGUAUCUGGUGUGACCAUUUGCCUCAUGCAGCGCAUAGUUGAUUGUGGCCAAUGGAAUGUUGUCCCACUCCUUUUCAAUGGCUGUGCGAAGUUGCUGGAUAUUGGCGGAAACUGGAACACGAUGUCAAACACGUCGAUCCAGAGCAUCCCAAAUAUGCUCAAUGGGUAACAUGUCUGGUGAGUAUGCAGGCCAUGGAAGAACUGGGACAUUUUCAGCUUCCAGGAAUUAUGUACAGAUCCUUGAGACGUGGUGCCGUGCAUAAUCAUGCUGAAACAUGAGGUGAUGGCGGCGGGUGAAUGGCACGACAAUGGGCCUCGGGAUCUUGUCACGGUGUCUCUGCAUUCAAAUUGCCAUCGAAAAUUGCAAUUGUGUUUGUUUUUCCGUAGCUUAUGCCUGCCCAUACCAUAACCCCACCGCCACCAUGGGGCACUCUAUUCACAACAUUGACAUCAGCAAACCGCUCGCCCACACGACACCAUAUUCACGGUCUACAAUCUUCCCGGUACAGUUUAAACCGGGAUUAAUCUGUGAAGUGCACACUUCUCCAGCGUGCCAGUAGCCAUCGAAGGUGAACAUUUGCCCACUGAAGUCGGUUACGAUGACGAACUGCAGUCAGGUCAAGAUCCUGGUGAGGAUGAUGAGCUUCCCUGAGACUGUUUCUGACAGUUUGUGCAGAAAUUCUGGCUGGUCUCAGACAAUCCCGCAGGUGAAGAAGAUGGAUGUGGAGGUCCUGGGCUGACUUGGUAAAGUGGCCUGCGGUUGUGAGGUCAGUUGGACGUACUGCCAAAUUGUCUAAAACGACAGAGGCAGCUUAUGGUAGAGAAAUUAACAUUCAAUUCUCUGGCAACAGCUCUGGUGGACAAUCCUGCAGUCAGCAUGCCAAUUGAACGCUCCCUCAACUUGAGACAUCUGUGGCAUUGUUGUGACAACUGCACAUUUUAGUGGCCUUUUAUUAUCCCUAGCACAAGGUGCACCUCUGUAAUGAUCAUGCUGUUUAAUUCGCCUCUUUAUAUGCCACACCUGUCAGGUGGAUUAUCUUGGCAAAGGAGAAAUGCUCACUAACGGAUGUAAACACAUUUGUGUGAAAUACACUUUUUGAGCUUAUGAAAAAUGUAUGUGAUCUUUUAUUUCAGUGCAUUAAACAUGGGACCAUCACUUUACAUGUUGCCUUUUAUAUUUCUGUUAAGUAUAUAAUGUUUCAGUGUCCCCGACUUUUAAAAAAACAACUCGGUCGACCGAGAGUCAUCUGUUCUUUCGACGAAUCGAUUGGUAGAAGUUUUAAAACGUGUAUUUUUCCAUAUAAACACACCCUAAGUGUUUUUAAUAUAAUGAACUAUAUGCACUGAGCUUGUCGGAUUCUUUAAACACAGUUUGAUGAAAUAAUUAAUUAGAGCUUCAAACUAGUCAGCUUUUGCCGAAAUUCGCCAUUUUGAAUCUAAAAUAGGUAACCUACGUGAUUUGUGUAUACACUUUUGGAUUACUACUGGCUGUAUCCAAGGCUCAGCUAAUCGUUCACAUAACAAUGCAGCGCUCUGGAAAGACCGCGGAGAGUGGAAAGGCAAUUAGUCCGGUUACAGCAGCGCGUCCUCUGAAUGACAACAGCGGUAGGUGAGAAGCCUGACGACGGAGACUGGGGUGAUGAAGCAUACUUCAUGAGCUGUAACCGAAAAACAGCUGGCUUUUGGAAAGUUUAAGGUGAGGGAGCAAGUGUGGUGGAACAAGAAUUGUUAGCAUUAAGUAUCUUGCUAGCUGGAUCGAGUUCUUCGUUAGCUAGCCAGAGAAAUGUUGAGCAACAUUAGCUAACAUAGCUGAUCAAAUAAUUGUAGUUUAUGGUGUGAAAAUUAGCUGGCUAAAGUCAGACAUCUAGCUAGCUAACGUUACAACAUCAGAUGAGCUAACGUUAGUAACGUAAACUCGAGGAACCAAUUCGCUAUGGUAUUAACUGGUAUAAGACUCCUUGCCGUUCCUCAAGCUAUAACGUUAGUUGAUCACUGGAACCUGGCCAUCUGUGUGAAAGGUUAACUCGCUAUCGAACUAACUACUAUCUAUGAAUUAAUGUUUUCCCUCUACAGUAUGUGUUUCAUUUUAAGAAUGAGAGAAUUAGGUGAAAAUUAGGCGUUGCUUGUUAAACAAGUGGAUUCAGGGAUGAAGUGUAGCUGGAGCUGGGCCAGGUUUAAGCUGGAUGCCUAGAGGUGAAAGUAACAGCACUCACUUUUUCAAUACGGUGGAUAAAAAGGGGUAUGCCGGGUGUACUCUGCCUGGAACAGAACAGAUGUACACAGGCAGAAAGUGUACAAUGUAAUAAUGCGUAGUGUAGCCCAAAGAGAUUGCUUUUGUUGUGUUGAACUUGACAUACUGUAACAGUUGAGUGAGGGAGGUUAUUUAAUUUUUUACUCUGAACGUUAUUUUUGCACACAUGUAGCCAUCUGCACUUGAUCGACGUCUACUAUUGUGACCACUAUAGUCGUAGCUACUAUAAUAGAGCAAAAAUAGAAUGCCUGUUUCAUUCUAUUUAUACUUUAAGAUGUUUUUUUCCCAAGUGCGUUAUUUACAUAUGUGUGUGGUCACAAGCUUUCUAUUAUAAAGGCUGUCAUGGCUAACUGCAAUAUUAAUGUAUUGUUUAUUCUGUGAACUUGAGUGUAAUUUACAGUAAAGUCUAGGCAACAAAUAACAUUGGAUUGCUUUCCUUAAAUGUUUUUGCUUUGAGUUAGGUUCACAUUAACUACAGACUGAUCAUGUAGAUCAUAUUCUUUGUUUAAUUAGUACACAGUUAAACUGCAUUUCAAGAAGGGAUCUAGUCACUAGAAAUUAGCAUUUUAAAGCUGAUGCAUGUUUCAGUGGAGAAAAAAAAGUAUUAUUUUUAUAUCCCUGAUUUUAAGACUCAUUACUCAAACGGGAGCCAGAGAUCAAGCUAACCAGAAGAGGUAUAUAAAAAAAUAUAUAUAUAAAAAAUAAUAAUAAAAAAAACGGGUCCUUACCCACCCCUCCCACUGCUGCUGGCCUUCACAGAUUCUGCCGUUACAUUUGACAUUUUAGUCAUUUUAGCAGACGCUCUUAUCCAGAGUGACUUACAGUUAGUGAGUGCAUACAUUUUCAUACUGGCCCCCCGUGGGAAACGAACCCACAACCCUGGCGUUGCAAGCGCCAUGCUCUACCAACUGAGCUACAGGUAGAGCUUCUGAAGUUGCCGGUAAUAGGGGUCGGCAACCUUUUUCAUGUAGAGUGCCAAUUCACAAUUUCUUACAAUUUCAACCAUUUACGAUUUUCAUAUGCACAUUUUCGUGGAACAGUUUCAAUUAUAAUAGUUUUCGUAUCUCAAUCAUUUGUGGUUAAUCUAAAUGAAAAUGAUACAAAUCUCAAAGUUAAAAUUAAUCUAAUGUAAGAGCGCAUGCCUCUGCCAAAAGGGAUGUAGCUCAGUUGGUAGAGCAUGGCGUUUGCAACGCCAGGGUUGUGGGUUCGAUUCCCACGGGGGGGCGGUAUAAAAAAUAAUGUAUGCACUAACUGUAAGUCGCUCUGGAUAAGAGCGUCUGCUAAAUGACUAAAAUGUAAAUGUAAAUGUUGUAUUACACACCGUGUGCCAUUGGCAGCUAAAUAAUUUAGCGCAGAUCGCAGAGAGGCCUAUAUACCGAUGCAAUUCUAUUGCCAACUAGGUAAAAAUAGCCUGCAUUAAACCAACAAAUAAAAGCAUUGCAGGUAGAAAAUAUCGGAAUAAAUAUCCUAUAAAUCACAUUGGCUAUGCAUGGCAGUUCAUGUUCUUUCAAUCUCAUUAAUCUCUCUGCUCUGCCUGUCUGCAACUAACAUUUUUAUCAACUAUCAACUGGGUCCAGCCCGAAGCUAGCAAACUUGCAGCGUUAUAUCAACUAUUCCCUCAGUUUCCUGCGCCAAUGAGCUCAGAACAGAACAUCUGUAUUUGUGCAAAGGAUAAGAAGUAAUAAGGCAUUUUAUGACAUCUGCUGGAUCAAAGCAUGAAAUGUUUUCAUUUCACGCUGAGACUCAGUGGUUAUUAAAAAGGGGAGAGCUGGAAAGAGAUUUCAAAUACAUUGAGGACUAUUGUCAUUAGGGCUGAUCGCAUUUAGUCGAUUGUUUGGUCGAUAGGCUGUUGGUCGACCGAGACGCCUUACUGAUUCACGUCUAUCUGAGUGGAGUAAGGCCGCGGGAAUGGCACACCAGUAGUACAUUUACCCGUUAAUUCCCAUCUCUAAUCUACAAUGUUUGGUUUCUAUCAUUUCUGUUAAUGCAUAAAAUGUAUUCUUAUUAAAAUCUAACAGUUAUUGUAGGAGUGGACACGUUGUUUGCAGAGUGCACAACCUAGGCUACACUUGUGAGAAAUACAUUUUGGUUUAUUUCAUUCCAUUUACGAGUUGUCAAUUUAUUCAUUAUUUUUGUUUUGGAGCACUCCUGUCAAUCUUGAGUAAGGACACGCACCUGAUUACGCAUAUAGAAGUAGGACUAGUCUACCUGGCCUGCGUGCAAAUGUAGGCCUGUAAAUAUGCCCAUUUGGGGAUCUGAUACUAUUUGUGAUCGUCUUAACUCACCAUCACUGUGGAGCUUCUCAAAUAACUGUAUUCUUCGCCUCAAACAGCAAGUCAACGAAGUCUGUUUUUACAUCCAUUUGAGAAUGACAAUAGUUCAUAAACGUAGCUUAUUUGAGAAAUCUUUCCUGCUCCCCUUUCUAUUACCACUCAGUAUGAAAGGGGAGGAAAAUGACAUGCUCUGAUGCGGUAAAUACGUCGUCAUAGGCCUACCUGAUGACUUCUGAUCCGUUGCGCAAAUAGCCUACAACAAGCAGUGUCUAUGUCCGGAGCUCACUGGCACGGAAACUCUGAGGGCCUAGAAUAUUUUAUACAAUGUUGCAAGUUUGCUAGCAUGAGCUUUGCGCAUGACAACGUUAAUACAAUAGGUGGUACAAUGUUUCCAGUUCCAUGCAGACUGGCUAUGCAUGGCCUAUGUGAUUUUAUAGGAUAUUUAUUUUUUUCAGGAUAUUUUCUACCUACGGGCUGCAAUGUUUUUAUUUGUUGGCUUUAUGUAGGCUAUUUUUACAUAUUGGCAAUAGAAGGCACUUUUAAGAUAGAAUUUUGAUGAACCACGUGACAUUGAUUUUGAGAUGAAGGCUUUAUUAAAAAUGUAAUUAAACUGUUCCAUGAAAAUCAUAACUGGCACGCAGAUUAGUUACAAAGAAAAAGUCCAGUGUGUGUUCUUUUGCCCAUCUUAAUAUUUUAUUUUUAUUGGCCAGAUGUGGCAUUUUCUUUGCAACUCUGCCUAGAAGGUCAGCAUCCCAGAGUCACCUCUUCACUGUUGAAGUUGAGACUGGUGUUUUGCGGGUACUAUUUAAUGAAGCUGCCAGUUGAGGACCUGUGAGGCAUCUGUUUCUCAAACAAGACACUAAUGUAUUUGUCCUCUUGCUCAGUUGUGCACUGGGGCCUCCCACUCUUUCUAUUCUGGUUAGAGCCAGUUUGCGCUGUUCUCUGAAGGGAGUAGUACACAGCGUUGUAUGAGAUCUUCAGUUUCUUGGCAAUUUCUUGCAUGGAAUAGCCUUCAUUUCUCAACAAGAAUAGACUGACAAGUUUCAGAAGAAAUAUAUUUGUUUCUGGCCAUUUUGAGCCUGUAAUUGAACACACAAUUGCUGAUGCCCAAGAUACUCAACUAGUCUCAAGAAGGCCAGUUUUAUUGCUUCUUUAAUCAGCACAACAGUUUUCAGCUGUGCUAACAUAAUUGCAAAAGGGUUUUCUAAUGAUCAAUUAGCCUUUUAAAAUGAUAAACUUGGAUUAGCAAACACAACAUGCCAUUGGAACACAGGACUGAUGCUUGCUGAUAAUGGGCCUCUGUACGCCUAUGUAGAUAUUCCAUUUAAGAAUCAGCCGUUUCCAGCUACAAUAGCCAUUUACAACAUUAAGAAUGUCUACACUCUAUUUUUGAUCAAUUUGGUGUUAUUUUAAUGGACAAAAAAAUUGCUUUUCUUUCGGAAACAAGGAAAUUUGUGACCCCCAACUUUUCAACGGUAGUGUAUAUUUGCGCGCAGGCCAGGUCACCUAUGCGUAAUCAGUUGUGCAUCCUUACUCAACAUUGACAGGAGCGCUCCAAACAAAAUAUUUAUUAAUACAUUGACAAAACUCGGAAAUGGCAAGAAAUAAACCUAAACUUGUUUCUCACAAGUAUAGCAUGGGUUUUGAGCUCUGCAAAUAACGUGUCCACUCCGACAAUGAGAAUGGUAAACGACUGUAAUAAUAAUAUUUUGAAUGCAAUAACAGAAAUGACCAUAGCCAAACUAACAUUGUAGAUUAGAAAUGAUGGGGAUUAACUGUAAAUAUACUAGUGAUAUAUGUAAUGGGCCAUUGAUAGACACUAACAAUCAAACAAGUCAUACAAUGAAGUUAUGAAACAAUGAAUGCACACAAAUUGGCGGGAGAGCACAUUCUGGGGAGAGACGCGCCUUGUGCAUCUUAGCCACACUCCCCUUCUUGACUCAACAUUUUUUAAAUAUACACAAGACACAUCUUCACAAAUACUGUAGGCCUAAGGAAUACUCUCAAACGGUGUCAGGUCCAAAGCAGUAGCCAUUUAUGGAAACUAAUGCAAUUUCACUUAUUUUUUCAAUUUUCUCAAAUUGCUUGGCGUGCCAAAGCAAAUACCCUUGCAAUGCCUGUCCUAGAGUGCUGGACUGUGCCAUCCCCGCAGCCUCUGCAAUGGAUUAGUCCACUGAGACAGGUGUGAAUCAGACAAGUGUCUGCCAUAAAAUAAAUCAAAUCAAUUUGCGACCUCUCAACAACAAAAAAUCUGUCGACCGACAGCCUAUCGACCAAACAAUGGACCAGUCGACUAAAUGGGGUCGGCCCUAGAUUUUUGCACACAUUCAGUCCCGGGCACUUUUAAUUUGUUUCUCCCCACCCCCUUGCUCUCUGUAGAAUACUGCUGGCUUCAUGUAUAAGAACCUCCAGUGUCUGAUCAUUGACGAAGCUGACCGUAUCCUGGAGGUCGGCUUCGAGGAGGAGCUGAAGCAGAUCAUCAAACUCCUGCCAAGUAUGUACCCACAUCAUGGCCAUAACCAUCCUUGCAUAUACUGUACCAUGGCGUUUGAUGCUAUUUGUCUGUUUGUAUGUGUAACUCCCAGUGUUUUAACAUGUAUAACGUGCAUUCUUCCUCAGAGCGGAGGCAGACCAUGCUGUUCUCGGCCACCCAGACCCGUAAGGUGGAGGACCUGGCCCGUAUCUCCCUGAAAAAGGAGCCCCUCUACGUGGGUGUGGACGACAACAAGGACAACGCAACCGUGGAUGGCCUGGAGCAGGUAAACAAAACGACUCACUGCUGCAGAGUGACGAUACUCAUGCAUGACAUGCCAGGGGGUCAGCUUGUUGUUGCUAGUUAAGCGGAUUGUCGUCACUUGUCCCAAGACUCGAGGUAUCUGAAAGUAGCAAAGCUUUGUUUUUGGUUAGAGAGUAUUGGGUCGUUUGAGACCCUGCCCUGUCUCCUCCACGGCAAGGUUAUAGGUAAACCUCACAUCAGUUAGAAUGUGUACUUCAGGCAGGAAUGUGGUUUUCUGGUUUUCUCUGGUGCUUCAGGGAUGCGUGGUCUGAUAUGUAAACGUUGUCUUGGUUUUCAGGGAUAUGUGGUGUGUCCCUCAGAGAAGCGCUUCAUGCUGCUCUUCACCUUCCUGAAGAAGAACCGCAAGAAGAAGCUUAUGGUGUUCUUCUCAUCCUGCAUGUCGGUCAAGUUCCACUACGAGCUGCUCAACUACAUUGACCUUCCCGUCAUGGCCAUCCACGUGAGUUGUCACCUCUCUGUCCAGAGGGGUAUACUACAAAGCAGGAUCAAUGAGUUAGCCAGCUAACUUUGAUAAACAACCAGAAAUUACUACAGAUUUUAGGGUUCGUUAAGCUAAAAUAUUAUGCGUGUUGGGUUCUUGAGUCAAUUAGACCAUGCUCAUUUCAAGCUUAUCUUUAUUUUUAAAAAAAGUAAAUUUAUUUUAUAACAUUUAGGCAAGUUAGCUGGCUAACUCCUUGAUCCUGCUUUGUAGUAUACCCCUCAGGGUUGUAAACAUUAGGGCACACCAUAGCUAAGUGUUUUGCAAGGAAAACAAAAAUGUGUUUCCUAUGGGACAGGUUCAGAUAGUACCUUCCCGUUUCUGACAGUUUAUCUGUUUAAUGCCUGCAGAACACGACCCAACUCACUUAAUUCGCUUGUCUCAGGAAGUUAUUCGGAGCCCUUUUGAGUCAAAAAGACACUCAAGCCAUAUACACCACAGGCGAUAAUUAUGCCCAAACUAAGUGUCCCGAGUAACAGCAAGGUAGUUCCAAGACUAGCAACAUAUUGCAGCCUAUACUCUGUGUCAGAAGUCUUCAGGCUAUUAUCUGACUCAAUUUGAGCUUUGCUACAGUGAACCCCAGUCUGAAUCCACAAGGCAUUCUCUCUCUUAUUUGUCUGCUGCAGAGACAACUGGUACAUCCACACUUGGGUCUAAAGGCCGUGUACCAUUCAUUAUAACACAACAUAUAUGAACAAAUAUUGCGCUGUGGGAUUAAACAUUAACAUGUACUGUUUCGUUCAGCAAUAGGCUCCAUGCUUCCCAUCCGAAACAGUUCGCAACAGUUCGUGCUUAUAUUCAUGCAUAUACAACAUUUUGUGACGUUUUUGUUUGGCUGUUCGUGCACAUUAAAAAAAGAAAUCUAGGCAAGCAGAAGUCUACGCCCUUCGUUGAUCAUUGGUCAACAGUAAGGAUUCUUCAGUGAAGUGUUGUCAUUCAACGAUAGACGACUCGUUUUCAUGCACAUUUUGUCACAUGAGAAAUACUGCACCAACCAUCUUAGUUGGGUAUAAAAUUGCGCAACUAAGAUCUCCUCUGCAAAAAUGACAGAUUUGAGUUAUCUUAGAUUAAUUCAAACUAUUUUGGCUACGGCGUCUCAAGAUGAACAAAUAUUACUAUUGCCGCUUUUUCUCAUUUUUCAAGGGAAGGUCUUUUUUUAAGGGAGUAAGCGAGCAUACGCAUUCAGUUCGUCUAGCCAACCGAACCGAAGCAUGCGGAAGCCUUUAGCCAGGCGUCUUAUCCUCUGUGGUCAAUGCAGCCUGUGGCUGACGUCUAAUCAUCUCCUUUUGCUUUGAUCUCUCAGGGGAAGCAGAAGCAGACCAAGCGUACCACCACCUUCUUCCAGUUCUGUAACGCUGACUCGGGCAUCCUGCUGUGUACAGACGUGGCGGCCAGAGGCCUGGACAUCCCUGAGGUGGACUGGAUCGUCCAAUAUGACCCCCCAGAUGACCCCAAGGUACCUAGUGAAGUUUGAGACACUCUUUCAUGCAUCUUCGACACUAGCCAGAAAUAACCCCUAGCCUAUAGGUAUCUCUAGCCAAUGCCUCAGUGAAGCAUUCACAUUUGUUUCCCUCUUCCUUAUUUCUUCCCUCUUUCUUUUCCUAGGAAUACAUCCACAGGGUCGGCAGAACGGCUCGCGGGAUCAACGGCAUAGGCCAUGCCCUCCUAAUCCUCAGGCCAGAGGAGCUGGGCUUCCUGCGCUUCCUCAAACAAGCCAAGGUAAGACCCUAACCCAACCAUCUCUAUCCCAACCAUCUCUGACCUUACCUCAACCCAGCUCUCAACAGCAAAACAAGGAAAACAUGCAAAAGAUUAACCGUUUUUCAGCAGUGAUAUGUUUUAAAAUGACAUUUUUUAUUCUGUUUUUAUCUUGCAUCAGGUUCCUUUGAGUGAGUUUGAAUUCUCUUGGGCAAAGAUCUCCGAUAUCCAGGGUCAGGUAAGAUAUUCAUCCACAUUUAUUACUGCAUGUGCAUCAGCGCUAACUGACAUUACAUCUGUCACAUAGUGGACUGCAACGGCUAAUUAGUUGAAAUGGUCAAAUGAUAAGCGACCUCUUACAUACACUCUCCUACGUAUUUAUUUGGACAAUGAAACGAAAACGUUUAAUUUGGCUCUAUACUCAUGCGUUUUGGAUUGGAGAUAAAAUGUUUUGAGGUGACAGUACAUAAUGUCAACUUUUCUUUGAGGGUAUUUUCAUAUACAGUGCCUUCAGAAAUUAUUCAUACCCGUUGACUUAUUCCACGUUUAGUUGUGUUGCAGCCUGAAUUCAAAAUUGAUUAAAUAUAUUUUUUGGGUCACCCAGCUACCCCCCCCCCCCCCUGUUGUUGGUAAAGGUGAGAGCUUAGCAUGUUUUGGGGGUAUGCUCUUUGGGCCUCUAACUUUUUCACGAUUCAUUAUUCACGAUUCAUUCAUGACUAUCCGUAAGCAUGGUAGCAUCCACAUUAAUGUAGAAGUAUUCAGAAACAUUCUAUUCUUUACAAUAAGUGACUCCAAAAUGAUACAAUACAUUAUUUACCAUUCAUUUCUAUUGGCACAACAUCUGAAGCACUUCCAAAACAAACUGUAAAUGCAUCUAACAAAUGUGUACGCUUGAUGUAGUCAUUGGGUGCUAGGAAUAUGGGACCAAAUACUAAACUUUUGACCACUUCAGUACACUAAGUUAAUUUUUCCAAAUACUUCAAAUGAGUUGACUAGAUGCAUAAAGUGCUUUCAUUUCUAAAAUGUUAAAGAUAUACAGUGCCUUCAGAAAUUAUUCACACCCUUUACCUUUUCCACAUUUUGUAACAGCCUGAAUUUAAAAUUCUUUAAAUUUAGAUUUUAUCACUGAUCUACACACACUAUUCCCUCAUAAUGUCAGUGAAAAUUAGUUUUGUAGAACAUUUCUGAAAUUAAUAAAAAAUGGAAUGCUGAAAUGUCUUGUGUCAAUAAGUAUUCAACCCCUUUGUUAUGGCAAGGAAAAUAAGUCCAGGAGUAAAAAUGUGCUUAACAAAUCUCAUAAGUUGCAUGGACUUAUUCCGUGUUCAAUUAUAGUGGUUAACAUGAUUUUUGAAGGACUACCCCAUCUCUGCACCCCACACACAUAAUUAUCUGUAAGGUCCCUGAAUUGAGUAUUGAUUGUCAAGCACAGAUUCAACCACAAAAACCAGGGACGUUUUUCAAUGCCAAGGGCACUGAUUUGGUAGUGUAAAAAAAUAAUAUCCCUUUGAGCAUGGUGAAGUUAUUCAUUACACUUUGGAUGGUGUAUCAAUACAGCCAGUCACUACAAAGAUACAGGCAUCCUUAACUGUUGCCAGAGAGGGGAAAAACUGCUCAGGAAUUUCACCAUUAGGCCAAUGGUGAUUUUAAAACAGAGUUUAGUGGUUGUGAUAUGAGAACUGAGGAUGCAUCAAUAUUGUAGUUACUCCACAAUACUAACCUAAAUGACAGAGUGAAAAGGAAGCCUGUACAGAGUACAAAUAUUCCAAAACAUGCAUCCUGUUUGCAACAAGACACUUAAAUAAUACUGCAAAAAUAAACUCUGCAAAAAAAAUGUCCCUUUUUCAGGACCCUGUCUUUCAAAGAUAAUUCGUAAAAAUCCAAAUAACUUCACAGAUCUUAAUUGUAAAGGGUUUAAACACUGUUUCCCAUGCUUGUUCAUUGAACCAUAAACAAUUAAUGAACAUGCACCUGUGGAACGGUCGUUAAGACACUAACAGCUUACAGACGGUAGGCAAUUAAGGUCACAGUUAUGAAAACUUAGGACACUAAAGAGUCCUUUCUACUGACUGAAAAACACCAAAAGAAAGAUGUCUAGGGUCCCUGCUCAUCUGCGUGAACGUGCCUUAGGCAUGCUGCAAGGAGACAUGAGGACUACAGAUGUGGCCAGGGCUAUAAAUUGCGAUGUCCAUACUGUGAGACGCCUAAGACGGCGCUACAGGGAGACAGGACGGACAGCUGAUCAUCCUCACAGUGGCAGACCACGUGUAACAACACCUGCACAGGAUCGGUACAUCCGAACAUCACACCUGCGGGACAGGUACAGGAUGGCAACAACAAGUGCCCGAGUUACACCAGGAACGCACAAUCCCUCCAUCAGUGCUCAGACUGUCCGCAAUAGGCUGAGAGAGGCUGGACUGAGGGCUUGUAGGCCUGUUGUAAGGCAGGUCCUCACCAGACAUCACCGGCAACAACGUCGCCUAUGGGCACAAAACCACCGUCGCUGGACCAGACAGGACUGGCAAAAAGUGCUCUUCACUGACGAGUCGCAGUUUUGUCUCACCAGGGGUGAUGGUCGGAUUCGCAUUUAUCGUCGAAGGAAUGAUCGUUACUCCGAGGCCUGUACUCUGGAGCGGGAUCAAUUUGGAGGUGGAGGGUCCGUCAUGGUCUGGGGGCGGUGUGUCACAGCAUAAUCGGACUGAGCUUGUUGUCAUUGCAGGCAAUCCCAACGCUGUGCGUUACAGGGAAGACAUCCUCCCUCAUGUGUUACCCUUCUUGAAGGCUCAUUCUGACAUGACCCUCCAGCAUGACAAUGCCACCAGCCAUACUGCUCGUUCUGUGCGUGAUUUCCUGCAAGACAGGAAUGUCAGUGUUCUGCCAUGGCCAGCGAAGAGCCCGGAUCUCAAUCCCAUUGAGCACGUCUGGGACCUGUUGGAUCGGAGGGUGAGGGCUAGGGCCAUUCCCCCCACAAAUGUCCGGGAACUUGCAGGUGCCUUGGUGGAAGAGUGGGGUAACAUCUCACAGCAAGAACUGGCAAAUCUGGUGCAGUCCAUGAGGAGGAGAUGCACUGCAGUACUUAAUGCAGCUGGUGGCCACACCAGAUACUGACUGUUACUUUUGAUUUUGACCCCCACCCCUUUGUUCAGGGACACAUUAUUCAAUUUAUGUUAGUCACAUGUCUGUGGAACUUGUUCAGUUUGUCUCCAGUUGUUGAAUCUUGUUAUGUUCAUACAAAUAUUUACUCAUGUUAAGUUUGCUGAAAAUAAACACAGUUGACAGUGAGAGGACGUUUCUUUUUUUGCUGAGUUUGUGGCAAAGAAAUUAACUUUUUGUCCUGAAUACAAAGUGUUAUGUUUGGGGCAAAUGCAACACAUCACUGAGUACCACUUCAUAUUUUCAAGCAUGGUGGUGGCUGCAACAUGUUAUGGGUAUGCUCGUCAUCGGCAAGGACUAGGGAGUUUGUUAGGAUAAAAAGAAACCGAAUACAGCUAUAAGUACAGACAAAAUCCUAGAGGAAAACCUGUUUGUCUGCUUUCCAACAGCCACUGGGAGACAAAUCCACAUUUCAGCACGACAAUAACCUAAAACACAAGGCCAAAUCUACACUGGAGUUGCUUACAAAGACUACAUUGAAUCUUCCUGAGUGGCCUAGGUACAGUUUUGACUUUAAUCGGCUUAAAAAGCUAUGGCAAGACUUGAAAAUGGCAGUCUAGCAAUGAUCAACUUCACAGAGCUUGAAUAAUUCUUUUAAGAAUAAUGGGCAGUGUUUUACAAUCCAGGUGUGCAAAGCUCUUAGACUUACCCCAAAAGACUCACAGCUGUAUUCACCACCAAAGGUGCUUCUACAAAGUAUUGACUCAGGAGUGUGAAUACUCAUGUAAAUGUUAUAUUUCUGUUUUUAAUUUUCAAUACAUUUGCAAACAUUUCUAAACAUGUUUUCACUUUGUCAUUAUGGGGUAUUGUGUGUAGAUGGGGGGGACAAUUCUUUCUAUAUUUAAUCCAUUUUUAAUUCAGGCUGUAACAACAAAAUGUUGAAUAAGUCAAGGGGAAUGAAUACUUUCUGAAGGCACUGUAUUUGAAAAUACCCUCCAAUAAAAGUUGACAUUCUGUACUGUCGCCUCAUAUAAAACAUUUAAUCUCUAAUCCAAAAUACUGUGGUAUAGAACCAAAUAAAGCCUCACUGUCCCAAAAAAAUAUGUAGCGGAGUGUAUGUGCAAUUAUCUGACAAGCCUUAAUCUCAAUGACAUAUCCACAGAAAAAUGUGUAGUUUUCACGAUUUGUUCUUUGCAGCUGAAUAAGCUGAUUGAGAAGAACUACUACCUGCACAAGUCAGCUCAGGAGGCCUACAAGUCCUACGUGCGGGCGUACGACUCGCAUUCCCUCAAAGCGAUCUACAGUGUCAACACGCUCAACCUCCCCAUGGUGGCACAGUCUUUCGGCUUUAAAGUGCCUCCCUACGUCGACCUCAGUAUCCUUUUCUACGUCCAUGUUGCCUGAGCAUAUUUUCAUCAAUGUUGUUUCUGAAGGGUUGCAUUGUCUUACUUUGUUUGUCAAUGUCUGUUCUCAUGACUUUCGCAAACAUCCCUUAUUCCAUCCCUCUGUCACCCCCCUACAGGUGGUAACGAUAAAUGCCUAUUCCCAAUUGGUCAAUUCAGUGCAGUACAGUGUUUCCCUUAACCCAGCACUCCUCUCCAGACGUUCACAGCAAAGGAGGACUGAAGAUGACGAAGAGGGGCGGAGGAGGCGGCUUCGGCUACCAGAAGGGCAAGCCCGCUCACAAAGCCAAAAUCUUCAAGCACGUCAACAAAGGCAAGGGGGACAAGAGGCAAUUCUCCCGCUAACCUGCGGUCCUUUGGGGGCAAUUUCAAAAUGGCUUCAUGACCUGGACACACUCCCCUCUCGCUCUCUAUCUAGAGACCAAUCUAUUACCCUGUACUGGGCAUUGUGUCUUGCUCCCUAUUUGUGUGUGUUAGACCAGUCUCUUG